AUGAGCGACUCCGCUCCUGCUGCCCCAGCUGCCGCGCCAGCCUCAGCCACCCCGGGCACCGCGACCGCGCCCGUCCCUGCCGCCACACCUGCCCAGCCGGCCUCCGCCGCACCCCCGGUGCCCUCCACCGCCGUACCCGCCGUACCCGCUCCUCCGGUGGCACCGGUGGGCUCUCUGGCCCAACGCAAGCGGGCGCAGUAUGCCAAAAGCAAGAAGCAGGGCAGCACGGCCAACACGCGGGCCGCUCGAGCCCUCUUCUGCCUCAAGCUCAACAACCCCAUCCGCCGAGCCUGCAUCAGCCUGGUGGAGUGGAAGCCAUUUGAUAUCUUUAUAUUGAUUGCUAUUUUUGCCAACUGUAUGGCCUUAGCUGUGUACAUCCCCUUCCCUGAAGAUGACUCUAACUCAACAAACCAUGACCUGGAAACAGUGGAAUAUGCCUUUCUCAUCAUCUUUACGAUCGAGACCUUCCUCAAGAUCAUAGCGUACGGCUUAGUCAUGCACCAGAACGCCUACGUGAGGAAUGGAUGGAACAUGUUGGACUUUGUCAUUGUUGUCAUCGGGUUGUUCAGUGUGGUGCUGGAGGUGCUGACCAAAGAGGAGGAGGUGGAGGAGGUGGAGGGCCUGGCCCUGCAGCACGGCCACGGAGGGAAGUCCGGCGGCUUCGACGUCAAAGCGCUGAGGGCAUUCCGAGUGCUCCGUCCCCUGCGUCUGGUCUCAGGAGUGCCCAGUUUACAGGUGGUGUUGAACUCCAUCAUCAAAGCCAUGGUCCCUCUGCUGCACAUCGCCCUGCUGGUCCUCUUCGUCAUCAUCAUCUACGCCAUCAUCGGCCUGGAGCUCUUCAUCGGCAAGAUGCACGCCUCCUGCUUCAUGCCCGGCUCAGAGAUGCUAGCGGAGGACGAGCCGGCGCCGUGUGCGGUGUCUGGGCACGGGCGCCAGUGCCCCAUCAACGGCACCGAGUGCAGGGAGGGCUGGCACGGGCCCAACGGGGGCAUCACCAACUUCGACAACUUCAUGUUCGCCAUGCUCACCGUCUUCCAGUGCAUCACCAUGGAGGGCUGGACCGACGUGCUGUACUGGAUGAAUGACGCUAUGGGCUUUGAGCUGCCGUGGGUUUACUUUGUCAGCCUGGUCAUCUUUGGCUCCUUUUUCGUGCUGAACCUGGUUCUGGGUGUGUUGAGCGGAGAGUUCUCUAAGGAGAGAGAAAAGGCCAAGGCGCGCGGAGACUUCCAGAAGUUGCGGGAGAAGCAGCAGCUGGAGGAGGACCUGAAGGGCUACCUGGACUGGAUCACCCAGGCGGAGGACAUCGACCCCGACAACGAGGACGAGGAGGAUGGCAAACGCAACCCGAGUGUGCCAGCCAGCGAGACGGAGUCGGUCAACACGGAGAACGAGAAGGCCGAGGAGGAGAAGACGCCGUGCUGCGGACCCUUUUGUCAAAAAAUUUCAAAGUCAAAGUUCAGUCGCCGCUGGCGUCGCUGGAAUCGGUGCUGCCGUAGGAACUGUCGCCUGGCGGUGAAAUCUGUGCCUUUCUAUUGGCUGGUGAUCAUCCUGGUGUUCCUCAACACUCUCACCAUCUCCUCGGAGCACUACAACCAGCCCAUGUGGCUCACGCAGGUGCAGGAUGUGGCCAAUAAGGUGCUGCUGGCCAUGUUCACGUGCGAGAUGCUGGUCAAGAUGUACAGCCUGGGCCUGCAGUCCUACUUCGUGUCGCUGUUCAACCGCUUCGACUGCUUCGUGGUGUGCGGCGGCAUCACCGAGACCAUCCUGGUGGAGCUGGAGAUCAUGUCCCCCCUCGGCAUCUCCGUCUUCCGCUGCGUGCGUCUGCUCAGGAUCUUCAAAGUCACACGGCACUGGCAGUCUCUGAGUAACCUGGUGGCGUCGCUGCUCAACUCCAUGAAGUCCAUCGCCUCCCUGCUGCUACUGCUCUUCCUCUUCAUCAUCAUCUUCUCCCUGCUGGGCAUGCAGGUGUUCGGCGGCAAGUUCAACUUCGACGAGACGCAGACCAAGAGGAGCACCUUCGACAACUUCCCCCAGGCCCUGCUCACCGUGUUUCAGAUCCUGACGGGUGAGGACUGGAACGCCGUGAUGUACGACGGGAUCAUGGCCUACGGUGGGCCUUCCUCCUCCGGCAUGAUCGUCUGCAUCUACUUCAUCAUCCUCUUCAUCUGCGGAAACUACAUCCUCCUGAAUGUCUUCUUGGCCAUUGCUGUGGAUAACCUGGCUGAUGUCGAUUCUCUCAACACUGACAAGAAGGACGAUGAAAAUGAUGAUGAGAAAGAAGAAAUAAAGGUCCCAGUGGAGGAUGAGGAGAAAGAUGCUGGAGAGGAGGAAGAGGAGGAGCCUGAGGUUCCGUCGGGGCCACGCCCUGCCAUCUCAGAGCUGGUGAAGAAGGAGAAGAUCACUCCCAUCCCAGAGGGCAGCGCCUUCUUCAUCUUCAGUACCACCAACCCAAUCCGUGUGGCCUGCCACAAGCUGAUCAACCACCACAUCUUCACCAACCUCAUCCUCGUCUUCAUCAUGCUCAGCUCCGCCUCGCUGGCUGCCGAGGACCCCAUCAGGAACUUCUCGGCGCGGAACAUCGUCCUAGGCUAUGCUGAUUAUGUCUUCACUAGUAUGUUUACAUUUGAGAUCGUGUUGAAGAUGACCACCUACGGGGCGUUCCUCCACAAGGGGGCUUUUUGCCGCAACUACUUCAACCUGCUGGACCUGCUGGUAGUUGGGGUCUCCCUGGUCUCCUUUGGCAUUCAGUCCUCUGCCAUCUCCGUGGUGAAGAUCUUGCGUGUGCUGCGUGUGUUGCGCCCCCUCAGGGCCAUCAACAGAGCCAAGGGCCUAAAGCACGUGGUGCAGUGUGUGUUCGUGGCCAUCAGGACCAUCGGCAACAUCAUGAUCGUCACCACGCUGCUGCAGUUCAUGUUCGCCUGCAUAGGAGUGCAGCUCUUCAAGGGGAAGUUUUAUCGAUGCACAGAUGAGGCCAAGUCCAACCCUGAGGAGUGCAAGGGCACGUUCAUCAUGUACAAGGACGGGGACGUGAACCAGCCCUCCAUUGAGAAGAGGCAGUGGCACAACAGCGACUUCAACUUUGACAACGUGCUCAUGGCCAUGAUGGCGCUGUUCACCGUCUCCACCUUCGAGGGCUGGCCUGCACUGCUGUACAAAGCCAUCGACUCCAACCGAGAGAACAUGGGCCCCAUCUACAACUACCGCGUGGAGAUCUCCAUCUUCUUCAUCAUCUACAUCAUCAUCAUCGCCUUCUUCAUGAUGAACAUCUUUGUGGGUUUCGUCAUCGUCACGUUCCAGGAGCAAGGAGAGAAGGAGUACAAGAACUGUGAGCUGGACAAGAACCAGCGCCAGUGUGUGGAGUACGCGCUGAAGGCCCGGCCUCUUCGUAGGUACAUCCCCAAGAACCCCUACCAGUACAAGUUCUGGUACGUGGUCAACUCCACCGGCUUUGAGUACAUCAUGUUUGUGCUCAUCAUGCUCAACACGCUGUGCCUGGCAGUGCAGCACUACGGCCAAUCAGCGCUCUUCAACUAUGUGAUGGACAUCCUCAACAUGGUCUUCACAACGGUGUUCACUGUGGAGAUGGUUCUCAAACUGAUUGCCUUCAAACCCAGGCACUAUUUCACGGAUGCGUGGAACACGUUUGAUGCCUUAAUUGUAGUGGGUAGCGUCGUUGAUAUUGCUAUCACUGAAGUCAACCCAACGGAGGCACCCGUGGUGGAUGAGUCAGGGAACACGGAGGACAGCGCCCGCAUCUCCAUCACCUUCUUCCGCCUGUUCCGCGUCAUGCGAUUGGUCAAGCUGCUGGCCAGAGGGGAGGGCAUCCGAACGCUGCUCUGGACCUUCAUCAAGUCCUUCCAGGCUCUGCCAUAUGUUGCCCUGCUGAUUGCCAUGCUCUUCUUCAUCUAUGCCGUCAUCGGAAUGCAGGUGUUUGGGAAAGUAGCCAUGGUGGAUGGAACCCACAUCAACAGGAACAACAACUUCCAAACCUUUUUUCAGGCAGUACUCCUUCUCUUCAGAUGUGCGACGGGUGAAGCCUGGCAGGAGAUCAUGCUGUCGUGCAUGACGGGGAAGCUGUGUGACCCGGAGUCCGACUACAACCCUGGAGAAGAGAUGACCUGCGGCAGCGGCUUCGCCAUCAUCUACUUCAUCAGCUUCUACAUGCUCUGCGCCUUCCUGAUCAUUAACCUGUUUGUGGCUGUCAUCAUGGACAACUUUGACUACCUCACCCGUGAUUGGUCCAUUCUUGGUCCCCAUCAUCUGGAUGAGUUUAAGAGGAUAUGGUCAGAAUAUGAUCCAGAGGCUAAGGGCCGUAUUAAGCAUCUGGAUGUUGUGGCUCUGCUGCGGCGUAUUCAGCCCCCGCUGGGCUUCGGCAAGCUGUGUCCUCACAGAGUGGCCUGCAAGAGACUGGUGGCCAUGAACAUGCCCCUGAACAGCGACGGAACCGUCAUGUUCAAUGCCACCCUCUUCGCCCUGGUGAGGACCGCCCUGAAAAUCAAGACCGACGGGAAUCUGGAGCAGGCCAAUGAGGAGCUGCGGGCGGUGAUCAAGAAGAUCUGGAAGAGGACGAGCAUGAAGCUGCUGGACCAAGUGGUGCCCCCUGCUGGUGAUGAUGAGGUAACCGUGGGGAAGUUCUAUGCCACCUUCCUGAUACAGGACUACUUUAGGAAAUUCAAGAAACGCAAAGAGGAGGGUCUGGUGGGGGUCCACCCGUCACAGUCCAACAACACGGCCAUGGCCUUGCAGGCCGGGCUCCGUACGCUGCAUGAUAUUGGGCCCGAAAUCCGCCGAGCGAUAUCAUGUGACCUGCAGGACGAGGAGCUAGUAGACUUUAUGCCUGACGAGGACGAGGAGAUCUAUAGGCGCAACGGCGGUCUGUUCGGUAACCACGUCAACCACGUGGGUCACCAUGGCGGCGGCCGGCCAACGGGCCACCAGACCAACGCCACCCAGCGGCCGCUGCAGGUGCAGCCUCCUCCGCACUACGCCCACAUGGACCAGCCGGUGGGCAGGCUGGGUCGCGCCAGUGCCAUGGCGACGCAGCACCACAACAACAGCCACGGCCUGCCCCACCCGCACCACCACCACCACCACCACCACCACCACCGCGGCAACCACCACCACCACCACCACCACUCCAACUCCUACGGCAAGUCGCCCAAGUCCACCAACAUCAACCUCAACAACGCCAACGUGUCCAGCCUGCCUAACGGCGGGCACCAUCGCUUCUACGAGCACCUACCGCCCAAUGGCUACGCGGGCGGCUCCUAUUAUGACUACGACAAGCCCCGGACGCCUCGCGGACAAAGAAGGCGCUACUUUGAGACCUAUAUUAGGUCGCACGCGGGCGACAGGCGCCGGCCCACCAUCCGCAGGGAGGAGGAGUUCGACGAGGAUCGCUUCUCCGCCGAGUACUUUAGUGGGGAGGAGUUCUACGAGGACGACAGCAUGCUCUCUGGAGACAGGUAUCCAAACAGCGACCAGGAGUACGAGACCCCCCGGGGUUACCAUCAUCCCGACAGUUACUAUGACGAUGAUGAGCAGCCCCUGUACCACGACUCCAGGAGAUCUCCGAAGAGACGGCUACUUCCUCCCACACCUCAAGCCCACAGACGGCCGUCCUUCAACUUUGAGUGUCUGCGCAGACAGGGUAGCCAAGACGACCUGCCCCACCAGCGCACCGCUCUACCUCUGCACCUUAUGCAGCAUCAGGUGAUGGCGGUGGCGGGCCUGGACUCCAGCCGGGCGCACCGCCUCUCCCCGACCCACUCCACCCGCUCCUGGGCCACGCCGCCCGCCACGCCGGCCAGCAAGGACCGCUCGCCGUACUACACGCCGCUGAUCCGCGUGGACCGGCCGCUCCGCGACAGUGUCAGCAGCGGCGGCAGCCGCGCCUCGGUGCGCAAGAGCUCCUGGUACACGGACGAGCACGACUUCCAGCAGCGCACCUACUCGCCCGCGCACCUGCAGGUGCCGCCCGAGUUCCGCAACCAGUACCACCAGAAGAGGGGCAGCGCCACCAGCCUGGUGGAGGCGGUCUUGAUCUCAGAGGGUCUGGGGAGGUACGCCAAGGACCCAAAGUUUGUGGCGGCGACCAAGCACGAGAUCGCCGACGCCUGCGAGAUGACCAUCGACGAGAUGGAGAGCGCCGCCAGCCACCUGCUGAACGGCGGCAUCCCGCCAGGGGUCAACGGGGUCGACGGGGUCAACGGGGUCAACGGGGUCAACGGGGUUAACGGGGUCAACAUGUUCCCCAUCCUCAGCCCGCAGGACUACGACCUCCAGGACGUGUCGGCCAGCUACAGCGACGAGGAGCUGGAGCCGCGGGCGCGCUACGAGGAGGACCUGGCGGACGAGAUGAUCUGCAUCACCACGUUAUAGCAGCCCCACGGGCCGACACACGCACUGGACGCACAGUGACCAGUCUUCCCUGGGGUCGGGGCACCGCCCCCAAAAACAUGACAUCUCAGCAACUUUAUAUAUUUAA